GGGGUAUCCAUCCCAUCUGUCACAAUUGCAACAAUUGCAGUAAAAACAUCCAAUGUAAUACCGGAUCCGGAGUACUGCCUCAAGCUGAAAACGAAUCGCAGAUAGCACCACAGUUCUGUAGGAUUGUUUUUCACUGAGUUGCAAAUUCCGGACUAUGAGAGGAACAAAGCGAUUCGCCGCAUCCGAGUCGAGCUUUUUAACCAGCAAUAUAAACCAAAACAAAAGACUUUUGGGUGGGUCACUUUUUGAUUCUCAAAGGGCGGAGCCACCCCAGCAGCUGUCAGGUUCUACUCCACAGUUGGACAUGUACCGGGCUGAAUCAUCUAGGCUACAUGUUAGGGCUCUCAAUACUCAGUUUGCAAGCUGGGUGAAAAAACAAUUACAGAACCACCCCGAUGAGCUCUGGGAAGAUGGCGCCCAAGACUAUUUAACCCAUGCUUCAUCCAUCAUGGAGAAAUUCAAUGAUGUUGUAAACUGGCUUAAUACAAAUGAGGCCAAAGCAGAAACUACGACCUUUCUUGGAUUUCAGUCAGCUUCUAAGACACAGGCUUCUGAAGAUAAAGAAAACAAUAGUACAUCCCUACUUGGAUUCCAUAGAGCUCCAAAUCCAGUUGCUUCAGAAAAUUAUGAAGCAAACAACACUACAUCAAUUCUUGGACUUCAGAGUACAGUGAUGCGACCUCAAAAUGCAGUCACUGCAAAUGAAACUUCAAAUGAUGGAGAUGGUGAAGAUGGUGAAACAGAGCAGCCUGGCAGUCCAUCUGUAAAGAAAGUUGAAGAGAUAGGAGUCACUGUUGUCCAUGAAGUCAAAUGCAAACUUUAUGUGAAGUCAAGUGAUCCAACAGAUAAAGAUGCAUGGAAGGAUAGAGGCACAGGUCAGCUAUCUAUAAAAUGCAAAGAAGAUGCUAACAAGGGUACACGGGAAUCCAAACCCACUAUUCUCAUUCGAAAUGAGGUUGGCAGGGUGGUGCUUAAUGCAUUGCUAUAUCCAGGCAUCAAGACAAACUUGCAAAAGAAUUCGGUCGUUUCAAUAUUCCACACAUCGAGUGGAGAGGAUAGCAGCAGUGUUGUAGCGCAGACAUGCUUGAUACGUCUAAAAUCUGUCGAGGAAAGAGAUAAGUUGGCAUCGAUCAUCCAGGAAUAUGCUCCUGCUUCAUGACUCAUGAGAGAGCAAUGGAGCAAAAUUAUGGUUGUACGGAGUUUUUUUGUUGUCGCUUGAGCUGCAUCAGGCUAGUCGCACUUGAGGAUAUUUUUAGAUUAAUCAAGUAUUUAAGUAGAGAGAAGGAUGGAUAAGCGGGAUUUCCCGCACCCAUUCCCAAAAUACGAAGAUGCUUUUUUGUGCUUAAUUCUCCUCUCUCCGUAGUCGAAAUUGGCUAGUCCGACAUUGCUGGAUUAGCGUUCUUAACUUCGUACAUAUGCAAUUCAAUACGCUUCUUCCAUUACAUUUAAAUGAAUUUUUUUUGUUCCGUUUA